GACUUUUGAGUGACAGUUUGAGCGGUGUCAUUUCACAAGUUUGAGAAACAAAUCGCGCGGGAAUUUUAUUGCUUUUCCCAAGGAAUUUUGAAGAAUUUUCUCGUAAUUUAAUUAAAAUCUUCGUGCCAGUGAUCUUAGGAAACAAUCACAAGUGAAAUUUUGAGAAAUUCUAUUAUAACUUUAGUGAAAAAACAAUGUUUUUCCAAGCAGACUACAGCAACGCCAAUGAAGAUGAGGAAUCCCACGUGACUUUUGGAGGCAAGGAGGGUAUCCUCUUUGUCCUAGAUGCCAGUACAUCGAUGCUGGAUGAAAAUGAGAACAGGCAAUCGAAUUUCCGGACAGCACUGCAAGCCAUUGAGGCUUCCAUGAAAAAUCUCGUUGUGGGCAAUCAGAGGGAUCUCGUGGGAAUUAUAUUCUACAACACCAUUCACAGUCCUAAGUCGAAAUUUGAGGCUGAUACCAUGGAGAUUGUUGUGCCGCAGCAUACGUGCAUUUUGCUGCCCAUGGACAUGCCUUCUGUGGACAAUAUCUCCUAUGUGAGAAACUUCCACACAUCCGAAGAUCUGUUUGAUUUUUCCAACAAAUACGGAUGCUCUAGCGAUGCAAAUUUCUCUGAUGUCCUCUGGUUCUGCACCAGAAUGUUCCAGAAAUGUGGCUAUAAGCUACAAUCGUCAGCUAUUGUCCUGUUUACUGACAAUCCUCAACCACAUCCUCCAAAUACCCAUGAAUACCAACAAGCUAUGGUGAAAGCCAAAGAUUUGAGCCAAUUAAAUGUCGAGUUCACCCUGAUUCCGAUGCUCCCGGACUUCAACGGGGAGCUUUUCUACAAAGAAUUCAUUUGUACGGCAAUGGAAAUGGAAAUGGAACACUUUGAGAUGGAUACGGCUGUGAGAGACAUUGAAACAAUCUCCAGUAGAAUUUACCGCCGAAACUAUCGCAAACGCUGCAACAAUUACCUCAAAUUCUCCCUCGGGGACAACCUGGAAAUUAGUGUUGGUGUCUAUAGUUCAAUCAGGCACGUCAAAUAUCCGAAAUCCUUCAAAGUUCACCGGAAUACCAACGAAAUAGUCAGCAGGAAGAGAGUUUAUGAAGUUCAAAAUGAAACUGAAGGUACCACCAUAACCCUUCUUCCUCAUCAACAGAAGAAAUACCAAGAAAUCGGCGGUAGGAAGAUCAUUUUUACAACACAGGAAGUCUCUAAUAUGAAAACUCUCCUUCCAGCUGGCAUUCGCUUGCUUGGCUUCAAACCCCGAUCCGCCAUUCAAGUUAGACAUUACUUAAAAAACGGAUCGUUUAUCUAUCCGGACGAAUCGGCAAUUGCCGGUUCCACAAAGCUCUUCAGGGCUCUGUGGAAGAGGUGCCUCGAUAGAGAGGUAGUUCCAAUAUGUGUCAUGACCCUAAGGCACAAAUCCGAUCCCGGAUACGUCGCUCUGUUGCCACAGGAAAAUACUUUCUAUGAUCAGGAGAAAACGGACCAGAUCGAAUACAAUGGAUUUCACGUUAUGCAUCUUCCGAAUCUUGAUGAUAUCCGUGACUUUGACUCCUUCAAUCCCGAAGCUAUAACAGUCUCUGAGGAACAAACUGAGCUUUUCAAGAAGCUCGUGAAGAAAUUGAGAUUUCGUUACAAUCCUAAACAUUUUAACGAUCCUGUACUGAAGACUAUCUACAGCAAUAUCGAGGCAUUUGCUUUUAAGACAGAAGGAGAGGAGCCUGAAGACUCCACUCUGCCCAAUACUGAGCAACAGGACUCAAUGAUAUCUGAUCUUGUAGCUGCUAUAACAGAAGAAUUUGGCGAGAUGAUUGUAACGAAUCCCAAACGCAAAAACACAGAACCCGGUGAGAAUGCCAGAAAGAUUUCAAAGUCCACAGAAGUUGACGAGGCAAAGAUCCUCGAAGCAUUCACUAAAAAUCGCCAAGACAAACUAACUAUUCCGGAACUUCGUGGAUAUCUCCAAGAAAAAGGUGUCAAGGGUAUUUCCAACGCCAAAAAAUCCGUGUUGAUUGAUAAAAUUAGAGAAUAUCACAAUUUGUAAUUCAUUCUAUGUAUUUUUUCUGCUGUUAUAUGGUGUCAAUUGCGUGACUUUCAGUACUGAAUGUACAAAUUUUUAAUUAUAUUAUUUUUUUUUUCAAUCUUAGAAGCAAACACAAUUGACGUCUUUGUCUAAAAAAAAGAACUUCAAAUCUGUUCCCGAAAAAAAAUUAUGUACACAUAUUUCUCAAUUGUUUUCUAAAUGUUUUGUAAAUAAAAAAAAAGAAUAAAACAUAAAAA